AUUCAAAGUCUAAUCCCCUCGUAAACUUUCUCUUGAUAUCGUCAUUGCCUGGGGGCUUCUGUCGUGCAGUGAUGGAUCGAGACUACCAGGAUCAAGCUGGGGGAUCUCUGCAAGGAUCAAGUGGUCAGCGGAGUCAGAGUUUAUCCGGACUUUCCGGAUACAAGCAGCCGGACCUUAGCUCCGGCUAACUCUUUAGUUGCGUCACUGAAGUCGAGAUAGAACCAACCAUCACUCACGAUAUUUUUCUAACGACUAACGCGACUCGACUCGACUCGACCCUGUUUCAGAUCCGUUACGAGCCACGUUCUUGACUUAAUACGCUAGCAACUAUUUCGAAUUUCUAAUCAGCUGAACUUAAACAUCCGCCCAUUCUGGCUGGGAUACUCUGGAAGGGUUCGCCGGACGCUCAGAAACAGAGCUCCUCGCGGCCGAAGAAUACCAUGACUCAACCAUCUACACAACCUCAGCUUACUCCACAGUUCUGUUUCUCGUAUGGCACUUUGCGAGACUUUCUUCGACUUUCAAGAUCUUCCAUCGAUGAUUCAAUCACACAGAAUCUGAAUGCGCUUGUGACGCCGUCUCGAUCCGGAUUUGACCCCUCGUCCACCUCGCAGCGCGUACCAAGGCCAACCUCAAAACAGAUUGACCCUCAGUCAUGCUUAGAUUUCAAGGAGAGAGUGCUAUUUCCUUCAUGGGAGACCCGGACUGAAGUACUAAAUUACUGCGCUCUUGUAGCGGCAAGCCCGGACCCUGAUGACCCGGACCGAACCAUCAGGGAACUAGAGAAAGAACAAGACCGCGAUAGAACAGUCGAUGAACGAUUAGAUCCGUAUUCCGGUAGAUUCUUCCCACGUGAAGCACGUACCGAGCGCCUGGCUUCGCUUGUAAGACAAGAGAGGGGCGUAGAGGGUAUCGUACGACAUAGAACGUGGGAGGUCGUACAGCAACGAUGCGGAGGCGACCCUUUUGAAAGCUGGGAGGACACAAUCAUCAAAUGGAGGAAGGCCCAAAACUUGAAAACGAAUGUAUAAUUUAUGAUAUCACGAAACGGCCACUCAGAUCCUCCAACGACCAUUGGAGUUCGAAAUUUACAAGAGAAGGACUGUAGGAUAGGGACUUGCUGUACGAUAUUGACACCUCUUGUAUAACAGUAACAUACAAUCUUCAAAGAGCCCCUCUAAUCUUAUGCUAACUUACCUAAACCUCUUCAUCAAUUAGUAUAGA